AUGAGGUUCGGUCGCAAGGACAAGUUGAGCCCUAGGUUUAUUGGGAUGUACCGUUUUCUGAAGCGAGUGGGGCCAGUUGCAUAUCAGUUGGAACUACCUCCGAAGUUUGACCGCAAUCAUGAUGUUUUUCACAUUUCGAUGUUGAGACGCUAUCGCUCUGAUCCUACGCAUAUUGUUCCGGUGGAGGACAUUGAGGUUAGACCAGAUCUGACGUUUAAGGAGGAGCAGGUCCAAAUUCUGGAUCGUGACAUUAAAGUUCUACGAAGGAAGUCUAUCCCCUUAGUGAAAGUGCUGUGGUGGAAUCAUAGCACCGAGGAGGCCAUUUGGGAGCCGAAAGACUCGAUGCAUCAGCAGUAUCCUCACAUUUUCUGA